AGUGCUUCACAUUGUAAGAGUCUGAUACACAUACAGAACCGCAACUGUAAUCUCAGCAAGCAACAUGUUAGUGUUUUUCGCUGUGGUCUUAUCGUUGUCACUUACGUCCGCAUUUGCGGACCGAGUGCCGCGCAGUUGUGGCGCUUGUGAACCCAGUCUGUGCGACGCUCUCCCAGAGGUGGGCUGCAAGUCUGGCACGAUUUUCGACUCCUGCGGUUGUUGUUCACUUUGCGCGGCUGGAGAGGGGGAGCCUUGCAGGGGGCGCGGAACCACAGCCAAGCGUUGCGCCUCUGGACUGGAGUGCGUUAAGAGCGACAAGAACAAGAAGACAAAGCUCGGAGUUUGCGCCUGCAAGACCAAAUACGAAGUGUGUGGCUCCGAUGGAGUGACCUAUAAAACUGGCUGCGACUUGAAAGUUGCCAGCCUGAAAGCGGUGAGCGAGGAGAAGCCUGAAAUAAAAGUCCUGAAUAAAGGAAAAUGCGCAACAGCACCUGUCAUUGUGACGGCCCCUGGUGAGGUCUACAAUGUCACAGGCUCCCAGGUGUACCUGAGCUGCGAGGCCAUUGGAAUCCCCACCCCCGUGAUCACCUGGAAGAAGGUACCAGAAGGUUCAAUUGUGAGGUCUCUAGGACUUUUGAAUCCACACUUUUCUCAGGUCACCAGCGGAAAACAGAGAAUGGAGCUGCUUCCAGGAGACAGAGACAACCUGGCCAUUCAGACCCGUGGAGGACCUGAGAAACAUGAGGUCACCGGCUGGGUCUUGAUCUCGCCGCUCACCAAGGAAGAGGCGGGCUCGUAUGAGUGCCACGCUGUCAACGCCAAGGGAGAGGCCUCAGCGGUGGGCACCAUUCAUGUGGUGGAGUCCAUCGACGACAUCCCUGUCAAGAAAGUGGCCAAGGAUGAUGAGCUGUAGAGCCUCAGUGGCGACUCCUGGCAGGAUCAGGAGAGGGAGAAGCCCCUACCAUCCCACCAGUAGACCUGUACAGAAAGAGGACCAACAGCCACCAUUCGCAUCCCAGAGAUCCAUCAGAUUUAUAUUUGAGAACGUUGCCAUUUGUUAAAUAUGUGUUAAAUAUUUUAGUCAUUUAGCAGACACUCUUAUCCAGAGCAACUUUCAGUGGUGAGCGCAAUCCGAAUCAAACCCACAACCCUAGAAUUACAAGCACCAUGCUCUAUCAACUGAGCCACACAGGACUUGUAACAAGUCAGUUUUCAGUGAUAUUCAGUACACUGUAUUGUAGACAGUCAUCCACAAGAGUCAUUUAGACCUCUCACACACAUUUCUUGUCACUGACAUCACACACAAGUUAAUUCAUCAAUAAGUACACAGUGUACAAAACAUUAGGAACACCUUUCUAAUGUUGAGUUGUAUCCCUUUUUGCCCUCAGAACAGAUUCAAUUUGUUGGGUCAUGACCUCUGAGGUGUCAAAAGCCUUCCACAAGGAUGCUGGCCCACAUUGACUCCAAUGCUUCUCACAGUUGUGUCAAACUUGCUGGGUGUCCUUUGGGUGGUGGACCAUUCUUGAUACACACGGGAAACUGUUGAGCGUGACAAACCCAGCGGCAUUGCUGUUCUUGAUGCCCUCAAACUAGUGCGCCUGGCACCUACGACCCCACCCUGUUCAAAGGCACUUAAAUCUUUUGUCUUGCCCAUUCACCUUCUGAAUGGCACACUUACACAAUCCAUGUCUCAAGGCUUAAAAAUCCUUCUUUAACCAGUCUCCUCCCCUUCAUUAACACUGAUUGACAUGGAUUUAAUAAGUGAUCAUAGCUCUCACCUGGUCAGUCUGUCAUGGAACAAGCAGGUGUUCCUAAUGUUUUGUACACUGUGUAUGUGCACACACACUAAUUGCAUGUGCAUGCUUCACUCUUACUAUUCCAUCUUUUUUUGACAUAGUUUACUGUUUUUGUGAAUUAUUCCAUUUAAUUCUAGCAAAAAUAAUUCAUUGCAAGACCAUCACUAGUUGGCCAAUCAGGAUCAGAUUACCGAACGGGUGCGUGCCCCCUGACCUAUUGUUUUUCUAUUAGCAUAUGAUAGCAAAAUGUGUAGAAUUGCAUGAAAUUAGCUUUAAAAAUGCCACAUUUUCUCUCAGCCUCAUGGCAAAAUGUGAAUAAAAGCAUGAGACAAGCUAUAAAACAGCUAAAUAAUCCCUUCCCCAUGGCAAAAAGUGUAUAAUUGCAGGAACUUAGCUUUAAAACUGCAACAUGUUCUGUUAGCUUCAUGACAAAAUGUGCAAGAAGUUGUUGAAAUGCAGGAAGUUAACGGACUACCCCAAAAAAAUGGAGGCCGGUUCCCAGGGGCCACAAAUGCGGUAGUUUGCCCGUGGGCAAGGCAGAAACAGACACCCAGGCAUAAAACAAUUACCCUUACUAAAAUUGUCAUGUUAAAAAACCCAUGAAUUUGAAUAAAUCUUACAUUUGAAAUUAUAUAUAUUUUUAUUUCUAAUGUACCAAGGUUAUUUUUUGGACCCCCUGAAAAGUCCACAAAUCAUUCUUUCCCUUGACAAGCCAUAAAGACAUGCCUUUGCAAAAGCCAUUGUGUGGAGUGAGUGAUCAGGAAUUAGAGGAAGGAAAACCAAACUCAGAACACUUUUGCAUUCAUAUAAUCCCAGUACUCGCAUACUACGGGUUUAGCUACCAAUCCAAACAGUGGCAGAUGUCUGGGGAUGUACUGUAGGGCAUAUUGAGUAACUGACAAGUAUGAAAUGGUGUAGAAAAAGGAGGAUUUAUGAUGGAAUGUAGAGAUCCACUUUCGGUGCUAAAAGUCUGCAACUCCAAUGAAGAGGCCAGCGGACAUUGCUUUUACCAAAUGUUUCUAGUUUCCCCCAGACUUAAGCUGUAUGUAUGAAUUUGCUGUAUUCACGUUGGUGUAUGGUUUACUAACACUAGAUGUUAUUACUGUGUGACAGGUGCUGUACAUCACUAAUAAAUACAAAAAUUGA